AUUACUUGGUAUAUAUAAUGUUAAUGUCAGGACUUCACCCGUAGGCAGCUAUGCUCUGAUUAGUUUGAAAAAUGAACAGGUUUUAACAGUAUAUUUGCUCUCUCUUUGUAUAAACUUUGUGAUAAUAAAUGUAUGUGUUCAUCUAGCUGCUGAAUCUAGUCAUAUGAUCUUUGUGCAGUAUAAAUUAAAAAGUCAUCAUGGCAACCACAGGCAAGAAGGACUCAGAGUCGCUGAUUCGUAUCCCCCCAUACUUCUACAUCCAUGUUCUCGACCAGAAUAAGAAUGUCACACGACUUGAAAUUGGGCCCAAUACCUUUAUCCGACAGGAUAAUGAAAGGGUUGUGGUGGGUCCAGAGCAGAUGAUCACGGUGCCGCCAAGGCACUACUGUGUGAUUGAGAACCCCACGAUACGAGACAAGGACAACAAGGUUGUGCUUGAUGGCAAUGGCCAAGUACGUUUGCUGCAUGCUGACCAGGAGAUACGCCUCGCCCAGGACCCUUUUCCCCUCUACCCCGGGGAAGUGCUGAAACAGGCUGUCACUCCCCUGAAAGUGGUUGCCCCCAACUCUGCAUUGAGACUUCGUUCGAUUCUUGACUUUGAAGACGAGACUGGUGAAAAGAGAACAGCAGGGGAUGAGUGGCUGUUUGAGGGACCAGGAACCUAUAUUCCAAGAAAGGAAGUUGUUGUGGAGGAAACUGUACGUGCAACUGUCAUCAAGCCAAACCAGGCAAUCAGACUGCGCGCACGUAAAGAGUGCAUCGAUCGCCAAGGCAACAACAGAGUGACAGGUGAAGAAUGGCUGGUGAAAAAGACUGGGGCCUAUCUGCCAGGGGCUUAUGAGGAAGUGGUGGACAUUGUGAAUGCGUAUGUGCUUACAGAAAAGAAGGGGCUCCAUAUGCGAUCAUUGCGCACGUUCAAGGACGAUUUCGGAGUCGUCCGUAAGAACGGGGAGGAAUGGCUGAUCACUAUGGACAAGACAGAGACACACAUUCCCAAUGUGUAUGAGGAGGUGGUGGGGGUAACCAAUAUCACAUCACUUAGCAACCGUCAGUAUUGCGUGAUUCUGGACCCUGUUGAUGAAAAGGGUCGCCCACAAAUGGGACGCAAAAAGCUGGUCAAGGGAGAGCGAUCGUUUUUCCUGUUGCCAGGUGAGCACUUGGAGCGAGGUAUACAGAACGUCUAUAUCCUGGGGGAAGACGAGGGACUCAUCCUGCGGGCCAACGAGACAUUCACUGAUGGGGAUGUGACACGUCGCCCUGGUGAUCGCUGGAUGAUUCGUGGCCCCAAGGAGUAUGUGCCGCCAGUUGAGGUGGAGGUCGUGAUGAAGAGACAGGCGAUACCAUUGGAUGAGAAUGAGGGUGUGUACGUAAGGGACAUCAAGUCGGGAAGGGUUCGUGCAGUGACCGGUGAGACGUACAUGAUCAAUCAAGAUGAAGAACUCUGGGCUAAGGAGCUGCCCCCUGCAGUGGAGGCUCUGCUGGCUGAGGCAAAGGAUCCCAUGGCUGAUCGUGGUGACCGACGUACGGGGCCUGCAGAAGGUUCCAAGCCCCGUGACAAGACCCGAGUGAUAUCCUUCCGUGUGCCUCACAAUGCUGCUGUGCAGAUCUAUGACUACAAGGAGAAGAAAGCAAGAGUGGUGUUUGGGCCAGAGCUGGUGAUGCUGGGACCCGAUGAGCAGUUCACCCAGCUGAGUAUCUCUGGAGGCAAGCCCAAGAAGCCAAACGAGAUUAAGUCCCUGUGCCUAUUGCUGGGGCCUGACUUCAUGACGGACAUUAUCACCGUUGAGACUUCUGACCAUGCCCGCCUCUCUCUUAAGCUGUCGUACAACUGGCACUUUGCAGUCAAGAACAGAGACAACAUAGAUGAAGCUGCCAUGAUAUUCAGUGUCCCUGAUUUCGUUGGCGACGCGUGCAAAGCCAUUGCCUCAAGGGUGAGAGGGGCCGUAGCACAGGUUCCCUUUGAUGACUUCCACAAAAACUCCGCCCGUGUAAUUCGUUCAUCUGUGUUUGGUCUAGAUGAAAAGGAUAAAGUUCGAGACCACUUCAUGUUUAAGCAGAAUAACCUGAUCAUUACGAGCAUCGACAUUCAGUCCGUGGAGCCAGUGGACCAGAGGACUCGUGACUCUCUGCAGAAAUCUGUGCAGCUGGCCAUCGAGAUCACAACCAACUCCCAGGAGGCCACGGCAAGACAUGAGGCUGAGAGGCUUGAGCAGGAAGCCAAGGGUCGUCUAGAACGCCAAAAGAUCAGUGACGAAGCAGAGGCCGAGAAAGCCCGUCGAGACCUGCUGGAGUUGCAGGCAAACAGCGCUGCUGUCGAGUCAACGGGUCAGGCAAAGGCAGAGGCCCAGUCCCGUGCUGAGGCCGCCAGGAUCGAGGGAGAGGCCAAUGUGGAGCAGGCAACACUCAAGUCCCAAGCCAUGAAAAUUGAGGCAGAAUCGGAGCUCUCACGACUAACGAGUGCCAGAGAAGCCGAACUGAAAUUCCUGAAGGAACAAAAUGAGCUGGAGCUUUCGAAAUCUCGCGAGACAGCAGAUAUCGAAACUAAGAAAUUCAAGCAGAUGGUGGACGCCAUCGGAGCAAGCACCCUGCAAGCUAUCGCCACCUCUGGGCCGGAUAUGCAGGUCAGGAUGCUUCAGGCUCUCGGCAUGAAGUCCACUGUGAUCACGGACGGCAAGACACCCAUCAAUCUGUUCAAUACUGCCCAGGGGCUCAUUGGGGGCAUGGGUGGGGCAGUUGUGCCAUCCAAGAGGUCACGUCGUGACGAUGAGGAGGUUGAGGGCGACGAUUAAAUUGUCGCUAUGGAUAUCCAGAUCUGCAGGAUAUCUUUCAUUGAAUAUUUGUAAGAUUAGGUGAUUCUUUUCAAAAUUAAUAAUGGCCUAACUUUGCUUCUUGAUUAUUCCGGUUGUCAAGAUCUAAAAAAUAUACUUACUAUUGGUUACUUUAAGAGAGGGACGACAUAUAUAAAAUAUAGCAAGUGUAAUCAAAAUGAAAUAACCUAGACAAAUGUAUUAUAGGCCUUUUUUGUUGGAAUAUGUAUGUGUACCAUAUAACAUGUAGGCCUAUUAAUUGGUUGCAGGUUUAUAAUUCAGUGUUUUUCAAAGAGCAUUAAUUAAUGUAAGAAACAAAAAAGAAUAAAAUCACAAACAAAAAAUAAAAUUGUGUAAGAUUUUAUUUUGUUCAAAUGAGUGGUACAUAUGACUAUGUGAAGUUGAGGGUUACAAUUUAAAAAUAGUAUUUGUUUUUGUACAAUCAAUAUUAGCAGCUAGUUUGUUUGUGAAACUCAUUGUUGAGAUUUAACCAUGAUUUGAACGGGUUUCUCCUGUUGUUUGUAAAGACUCUACGUUACUAUGAUUUAUUGAUCCACCCUUUAUCAAAGAACAUUAUGUUGAACGUUGAACAUAAUUUGAUUUUUGACCUUGUCUUGUAUGUUAUUAGACUUAAAAACUGAUAAUUGUUUGUAAAGUUUGUGAUGUACUAGUAUUUAAAUUUGUUGUUCUUUGUCAUGUGAACUUUAUUAGAGUAUUUACAUACUUAAGUUGUAUACUUUCAGUUAUUCUUUAUUUAAUUUACUUUCUACUAGCGUUCUGUGAUAGGCAAUCACUAUAAAAUCUUUUACAUUUGUAUUUGUACAUUAAAAUUAUAUAAUCAA